AUGAAAAAGUCAGACUUUGUAAAUGCAAAUGAUGAUGAUGCUUGUGCACACGUCAUCCUCGCGUGUAGAAAUGUGGAGAAAGCAGAGAAGGCACGCACCGACAUACAGGCGCUCACAGGUCGCAAUGACGUCACCGUCAUGCAGCUUGACCUCGCAUCUACGUCAUCCGUCCGGAAGUUCGUCGAGCAGCUGAUCGAACGCACGUUCUUAUUGACCGUUCUAUUGUUGGAUCGUCUGCGAGAGUCAGCGCCCUCUCGCGUCGUCACGCUGUCGUCAGUAGCGCACGGGUACGGUCAGAUCAACUGGGACGACCUCAUGUCGGAGAAAUCCUACAGCAAGAUGGGGGCAUACUCCCAGAGCAAGCUUGCCAACAUUCUCUUCUCGCGAGAGCUGGCGAGGAGGAUGAGUGGCACAGGGGUCAGCACCUACGCUGUACAUCCGGGCUACAUCAACACGGCCAUGUGGAAUCGUCUGCCGCUCAUGUCCGUCGGACCACUCAGAUGGCUCACCAAUUUGUUUCUCGAUUCGCCGCUGGAUGGCGCUCAGACAUCAAUCCAUUGUGCUGUGUCUGAGGAACUAGCAGAGGAAACGGGACUGUACUACUCGUAA